AUGAGUGUGUGUGCCUGGUCAUUCAUGGGUCAUGGGGGCUGUUUUCGGCACAGACACGAUGAUGACGCCUGUGCUCAGCACCCACGGGCUCAUGUGGAACGCACCAUCACCUCUUCUCACUCUUUUCCACGCCAGGCCAGCUCAAUCGAGUCAAAUCCAUUCCAUUCAUUCAUUCAAUCAUUAUUACAAGCUCGUCUGCCUCAGACUCGUCAUCAUUCGGGACCAGCUAAUCUAUCAGAGUGCACAGGCUUUUCCUCGUCCCCAUCCUCAUCUUCGUCCAAGCCCGCACAACCCGUCCAGCCGAUCCCUUCCUCCGCAUCGAAGCAGAGUUUGCUCAAAGAAAGAGACAUUAGGUAUGAGUCCUUCACGCUUCGAGACAAUCGUUGA